CAUGACCUUUCACUUGUGUUUCCUAAUGGAAUUGAUAACAAUGUGAACUCGGACAAUAUAUAAAGGAAUUAACUAUGUUUCAUUAGUGAUCUAACCCAGCACACAACCAUGUUUGCUUUACUCCUUACUUUUACCAUUGUUGCUGCUGUUCCUAUAGAUGAAGGAUGUUUAUUCGAUGGUACAAUGUACGCCACUGGAGAUAAAAUAAUUAUCAGUAACUGUCUGGGUGCAAUGACAUGUAUGGGCAACAACGUAUACUCAAGCCUGGAACAAUAUGGAGGCGUAUGUCCUUCAACGAAACGAUCGACUGAAAAAACUGUAUGUGUGUACAAUAAUAAAAUUUACAACAAGAAUGAAUUUGUCAUGAUUGGCAAUUGUUUGGCUCAAAUGGAAUGUUUAGGAUUCAAUGCCUUUGGACCGUAUAAAAUGCUUGGUGGAAAAUGUCCAGUAAAAGACGAAAGAGAAGUGAAUGGACAAACUGGAUGUUUGUUUGAUGGCAGAGUUUAUGCUGCUAAUGAGGAAAUUAUCAUACCAUCCUGUUUGGGUAAAAUGACAUGUUUGGGAAACAAUAAUCUUGGACCUAUUACAUCACUGUAUGGCAUAUGCCCGCAGACAAAACGGUCAGAAGAUGGUCAAAUUGGCUGUCUGUUUGAUGGUACGGUUUAUGCCAAAGGAGAUUUGGUACCAAUAAAAGGAACUAAUACUCGUCUUGUCUGCCAAGGGCACAAUAUUUAUACAGCACAAUUAUAAACCACAAAAAUUAGCCAUCUAAAGUACUCAUCGCAACCGGUGGUCAGUGGUCAGAUUCAUUGUAUAAUAAAGUCAUGU